GCGUCGCAUGAUGAGCAGCUAUCCCACACCCAAUCCGCUGACUUGUACUCCUGUAUAACCAGCCGUCACCUAUCUCCAUCGAACAAACCAAGAUCCCAGAAGCAUCCCACACAAGCCAAGCCAAGACGACGGCUCCCAGCAGCAGGCAGCAGCUGAUGGAGAUCACCAAGGUCGACCUCCGCGGACUAGAGUCCGGCGGGGCGGGCUGGGUGGAAGCCCGGGACGCGGUGACGGCGUCCAUGGUGGCGCACGGCUUCGUCGUGGUGGCGCACGACGCGCUCGGCCCGGAGCUCCGGCAGGCGCUGUUCGGCCGCGCCAUGCCGGAGAUCUUCGCGCUCCCGCCGGAGGCCAAGCAGCGGAACGUCUCCACGGUGGGCCCCUUCCGCGGCUACAUCUCCAACGUCCCCGGCACCAACUGGGAGAGCGUGCGCCUCUCCGAAGUCACCGACGCCGGCCGCGUCCGCGACUUCGCCGACCUCCUCUGGCCGCAGGGAAACCCCGCCUUCUGCGACACGAUUAUGUCCGCGGUCAAGAACGUGUGGGAGCUACAGCGCACGGUGGAGACGAUGAUCCUGGAGGGCCUCGGCGUCGGGGAGGAGCACAUCGGCGCGCAUCUGGACACGCUCGCCCACGUCGUCCGGCUGUCGCGCUACGGGCCCCCGCCGGACGCGGAGACGAGCAUGUCCCUGCAGGCGCACCGCGACGACAGCAUCAUGACGGCGAUCGUGCAGCACGGCGUGGAGGGCCUCGAGGUGCAGGCUCAGGACGGGAUCUGGCUCGCGGUGCCGCCUGAGCCGGACUUGUUCACCUUCGUCGCCGGCGAGCUGUUCACGGUCGUGACUAACGGGAGGGUGCCGGGUUGUUUCCACCGCGUGAGGACGCCGAGCAACCGCGAGCGCCUGUCGGCGCUGUUUGGCUGCCCGGGGAAGGACGGCGUCCUUCUGAGCGCCAUGGACGAGCUCGUCGACGAUGAGCACCCUCUGCUGUACCGUCUCUGCACCAACGACGGCUACACGACGUUCCGGCACUCGGAUGAAGGGCGCAAGGCCAGUGAUCCAUUGAAGGCCUUCUGUGGGGUGGAGAAGGACGAUCACCGUUCGUAAGUCAAGCUCACUUCACCUCACCAUUCUGAAGUCGUCAAGCUCUGUUAUCCACACCAUUCUGAAGCCGCAAAUGCUAGAUUACCCAUGUAAUAAUCGCGACACCAUUCUGAAGUCCUACUGCUACUGAACUUUACUCAAAUCGCUGUCAGUUAUCUCUUCGAUUAAGCACUUUGUGGAUGAUAAUUACUAGUACGACAUUA